AUGGCCAUGACUUCGUCAUCAUCGGCAUCGUCGUCGUCGACAUCGUCACCUUCAACUCCUUCUUCGAGCCGCUACGAGAAUCAGAAGAGGAGGGAUUGGAACACCUUUGGUCAGUACCUCAGAAACCAUAGGCCUCCACUCUCUCUCUCUCGUUGCAGCGGUGCACAUGUUCUUGAGUUUCUCAGGUACCUGGACCAGUUUGGAAAAACGAAGGUUCACACACAGAUGUGUCCAUUCUUUGGGCACCCGAAUCCCCCGGCGCCGUGCCCUUGUCCGUUGCGGCAAGCAUGGGGGAGCCUCGACGCGCUCAUCGGCCGCCUCAGGGCGGCUUUUGAAGAGAAUGGAGGGAAGCCGGAAGCCAACCCUUUCGGCGCUCGGGCCGUCAGGCUUUACCUCCGUGAGAUUCGUGAUUCACAGGCCAAAGCCAGAGGAAUCAGUUACGAGAAGAAGAAGCGCAAGCGUCCCCCAUCUCAUGGACAACCUCAAGCUCAACCUCCACCACCGCCAUUGCCACCACCUUCAAAUGAAUCAAAUCACUAGUAUACAGAACUUGGGGAUUUGAGACAUGGUGAUACUGCAAUAUAAGGAAUGCAUUAUGGAAUUUGAUUUAAAAAAAUGUACAAUUGGAGUUGCACUGUUCCUGAUUACAAAAUUAGUAGCAGUGAUGAGUUGAGUGAAUAAAUUUAAGUGGUAGUGCGAAGA